AUGGAUGGUUCUCCACUCACUGCAUACUCGCUCCCACAUCACUGUGAACCCUCGUCCGAUUUCUUAGCGUUUCUCUCGUCUACGUUACAUAUAUGCAUUUCCAAUGAAUUGGGUCUAAUCUCGUCGAUACUCGGCUGUCUGAGCAUUGUCUCGUGGCUAUUUGCGCAAUUACCCCAGAUUUAUAAGAAUUACAAACUACAAUCGACGGCCGGACUGUCUGCAUUCUUCUUGGUUGAAUGGUGUCUGGGAGAUACUGCGAACUUGGUCGGUGCCUUGUUCACACGUCAAGCGACAUGGCAAGUGACGAUCGCUUCAUACUACGUUUUUGUGGAUGUUGUGCUCGUCAUUCAGUAUUAUUGGUACACUCAUGUGAAGAAGACGGACAAAGGAAAGGAUAGUGUUGGUGGCUCAUUCAAUGAAGACCAUGCCCCGAUCUUUGAUGGGAUCCGUGUAGGAGAUGGGAGCCGACCCACGGAUAAUAUGAACCCGACGCAAAUAAUGCGCCCUUCCGAACCAAAGGAUGUGGGCUUGUUCAAAUCAAACGCAAACUCUCCUCCUCGCUUUUACUCACCUUCCUACUCGGAAAAGUUUGAGAAUCGCCGUGUACGUGGCACCGGUUUUCCUUCCGGAAGUAUGCCUCUAGGAGUGUCGCCGAGAACCGUUCUCAUGACAUCCAUGUUGUGUGCUGUGCUAGCAAAUGCAUCUCCAACCUCUGCAACCCCGUCAACCGCUGUGUCUCCUUCUCCCUCUCAGCUGCCUUCAAUCUUCGACUCUAUCAUGGAUCCCCACAACAUGGACAUUGAAACAAUUGGCCGAAUUCUAUCAUGGAUAUCUACCAUUCUAUAUCUCGGCUCACGACUUCCACAAUUGUAUAAGAAUUAUGUUCGCAAAAGCACCUCCGGUCUUUCGCCUUUAUUAUUCAUGGCUGCCUUUACCGGGAAUUUCUUCUACUCUGCAUCGCUCCUCACAAACCCCAAUGCAUGGUACGACUACCCACCCUACGGCGGAGGCGGAUGGGCCGAUGCAGGCGGCAACAAUCGUGCUGAAUGGGUCGCCCUCGCAACACCGUUUUUCCUGGGUGCAGCUGGCGUUUUGAGUUUGGAUGCAUUCAUGGGUGUACAGUUCUUGAUCUAUGGUGAUCAAGGUGACGAGCCACUUGUGACGGUGGACGACCCAGAAGAUCCAGGCCACAAACAAUGGCGACGCGUGAGCGGAUGGAUGAGAGGAUGGAUUCCAUCUGGAGAAUUGAACAAGUACCUCCGCAGCAAUUCUGGAGAGACACAGUCUCUACUUGGUGACAACACCAAUCGUACCAACGAUUAUGGCGGCGUUUGA